AUCUCCAGAAAAUAAUAAAAAGAGACCACCAUCGAUUCUCAAGGCAAAGGAGAACCACGCCCAUCUUAUCCUCUCUAGCAGUCUCCCUUCCUUCCUCGUUGGCUCGUCAUUUCCCUGCCGACAAACAAACCUCUGUAAUUUUCAGUCGUCAUCUUUCUCAGAUUCGUCACUGCUUGUUCCUUCUCUAUCAUCGCUGCUUCAGAGGCAUUAUGUAUUAGAUCCCUACAUUGGAACACAAGGGAGGAAAGCCGGUGAAACCAACUUUCAUAGCCGAUAACGUGUGGAGGAGUUUCAGAACUUACUAAGAUACACCCUGUAUAUAAGGAGAAACUUUAAAUAAAUAAACAAAAUUGUGGGAAGGGUGAAGAGUCAUCAACUCAUUACUCAUAAUGGUUGUUCUAUCUGAACUUCCAGAAGCAUCUUCAUCUUCUUCAUCAACUCAUGGCCAUAGUUCACCAACUUGUGGCAGUAGUUCAUCAACUGAUGGCCAAAGAUACGAUGUAUUUUUAAGUUUUAGAGGUGUUGACACUCGUCAUAGUUUCACUGAUCACCUUCAUAAGGCCCUCAUUCAUGCCAAUAUCAAUACCUUUUUGGAUGAUGAAGAGAUUGAAACAGGGGAAGAUUUGAAACCGGAAUUGGAGAGUGCAAUUAAGGCAUCUCGGGCUUCUAUUAUAGUGGUGUCUAAGAAUUACGCUUCUUCAACAUGGUGUCUCGAUGAAUUGGUGCUGAUCCUUGAGCAGCGUAUGACAUCCAACCAUAUUGUCAUCCCAAUCUUCUAUCAUGUGGAGCCAACCCAUGUCAGGAAGCAGCAAAGUAGCUUUGGAGAUGCAAUGGCUAAGCAUAAACAAACAAUGGAGGCAGAGACAAAUGCAAAUAAAAGAAGUCAAUGGGCUCAAAAGAUGGACCGGUGGAAUAAAGCACUUACACAAGUUGCUGAUUUAAAAGGGAAUGAUGUUUAUGGAAGGCUAGAGACGGAAUUUAUUGAAGAAAUUGUGAAGGACAUCCACCGUAGGUUACAUGUACCCUCAAGGAGUGUUCGGCAACAACUUAUUGGGAUGGACUAUGAGAUUAAGUUCAUAACUUCAUGGUUGAAAGAUGGAUCCUCACAUACGGCAGACAUACUCACUAUUACGGGAAUCGGCGGGAUCGGGAAGACAUCUUUAGCCAAAUAUAUCUAUGACCUAUAUUGGCAUGAAUUCAGCACAAGCAGUUGUAUUGAAGAUAUCAGUAGGAGAUGUGAUGGAAAGUUUAAUGGGCUGCUUGAUAUACAAAAGCAACUUUGGGAUGACAUUUCAAAAAAAAGUUCAAUUCAAGUUCAUAAUGUUUCAGCAUACACCUCAAAGAUAGAGAAUGCAUUAACCCUUAAAAAGGUCUUUAUAGUUCUUGAUGAUAUCAGUACUAUUGAUCAGUUGGAUGCAUUACUCGGAAACAAAGGUUUUCAUCCCGGAAGCAAAAUUAUAAUAACAACAAAGAUAAGAUGGAUAACACAAAGUUGUGCACUAUUCAAAACAAAUAUUAAACCCAAGCAUGUAGAACGCUUCCUUAAAGGCUUAUGUAGGACUGAAUCAUGCCAACUUUUGUUUUCCCAUGCAUUCAUGUGCAACCAUCCCAAGGCAGGUUAUGAAGAGGUGUUAGAGAAGCUUGUGAAGUAUUGCCAAGGACAUCCAUUGGCUCUCAAAGUUUUGGGCAAGUCGCUACAUAAUCGAGAUGUAGCUUACUGGGAAGGGUGCAUACAAGGGCUAAAAAAAGAAACAAAUUCCUGUAUAAAUAAUGUCUUGAGAAUGAGCUUUGAUUCUUUGCCAUCUAACAAUGAUAAGGAAUUGUUUAAGCAUAUUGCUUGUUUUUUUGUUGGAAUAGAUAGAGAUGUUACCGAAACAAUAUUAGAGGCAUGCAAUAUAAACACGAGAUACGGAAUCAUUAAUCUCAUUGACAGAUGCCUUCUUAGUAUAGGACAAAAUAAUGAAUUGACGAUGCAUCAGUUGGUUCAAGAGAUGGGAAGAUUCGAAGUACUUCAAGAAUCACUUGACAAGCCAUGGAAGCGCAGUCGAUUAUGGUGUCAUGAGGAGUCGUUCAAAGUAUUAAAGAAAAAAAAGGGUAAGGGAAAUAUUCUAGGCCUUACCUUGGACAUGCGAAUGGUUGAGAAAGAGAAGUCAGGUGCAUCAUUUGAGUUGAAAAUAGAUGCGUUGAGUAACAUGGAUAAUCUGAUGCUGCUACAACUCAAUUAUGUGCACAUGAAUGGUUCUUAUGAAAACUUUCCGGAAGAAUUAAGAUGCUUAUGCAUGCAUGGGUACCAUUUAAAUUCUAUACCUUUAAAUUUACCAAUGGGGAAUCUGGUUGCUCUUGACAUGUCAUAUAGCAAUAUUGAAUCAUUUGUCUUUUGUGAUAGUAAUCCACAACGACAUGAAAAGAGACAAAAGUUAAGCGGAUCAUGCUUAAAACACAAAAGGGUACUUGGAUCAUUGAAGAUUCUUAAUUUAAGUUUCUGUAAACAACUUCGUAGUCUUGGUGACUUUGACCAACUCCCUGCUCUUGAGAGGUUAAUAGUUAGAAAUUGCAUUGGUUUGAAUGAGGUUUGUGAAUCAAUUGGGCAAUGUGUUAAACUUGUCUUAAUCGAUCUGAGCUACUGCAACAAGCUUGAAAAAAUUCAAAAAAUCACAAGCAUGUUAGCGAAUGUUAAAAUAAUGUUCCUAGAGGGUUGUAAUCUUGGGGAAUCACAGAUCAAGAUUAGGGAUAUUGAUCUACCAGAAAGGCUCAAGGCUAACGACAUUGACGUAAAUACAAUAACCUCUUCCUCUGCCUUUGGGGGUGCUAUACCAAGUGAUUUGAAGUUCUCUGCAUUUUCUUUACCUAGGUCUUUAGUAAGUUUGGUACUUGCAAAUAAUAAUUUGUCCAAUGAAUCCUUUCCCAUGGACUUCAGUUGCCUAUCCAUGUUAAAGCAUUUAUAUUUAGACGGAAAUCUUAUCGAUUCCAUGCCCAUUUGUGUGAGAACCCUUCCCAGGCUUGAGAUACUUAGUAUGGAGAAUUGUAUAAAAUUAAAGUCAGUUGAGCAUCCUCCACAUACACUAAGAGCGUUGCUCCUCAGUUCUUCUCAUAGGCCGUCUAUAGAAAAAUUGGUAUUAAAUCGAACAACAUCCCUAGACAGAUUAUCAUAUAACGAAACAAAUUACAGACAUUGGUCAUAUGAAAUAGAAGGUGUGGUCAAAAUCCAAGCAAUGGUGGGUGUUGAGGAAGAGGUAUUGCGUAGCUUGGGAUGGACUAAUUUAGACUUCCGUAACGACAGGCGUGUGAAAACUAAUUUUUGGAGAUCUGGAAUCCAGACGAUGCAUUAUGAAUUUGGAAUAUUUAGCACAAUGUAUGAGGCGGAGGAGAUGCCGAGUUGGUUUAGGCAUAGAAGCGCGGGGCCAUCAAUAAUAUUUACCAUCCCAUCAUCUCCAAACUGCCUUAGAGGAUUCAACUUCUGCUCUGUGCAGAUGUUGCGAGUUCUAGAUGAGGAUGGAAGUAUCCAUCUUUCGCCAAAGGUCACAAUUAGUAAUAUAACAAAGAAUCGCACAUGGAUAUACCAAUGUUGCUUGACCAGAUAUAGUGUAUGUCGAGAGUGUUGCGUGAUGUUAAGUCAUUGGAUGUUUGGAAUGAAUGACAUGGAAGGUGGUGACCAGGUUACUAUUACUAUUACAGGGCCAUAUAAUGAACUUAUAAAGGAGUGUGGGGUGAGAGUCUUGUAUGCUGAUGAUGAUGAUGGUGCAUUGGGUUACUACAAGUCAUGGAAUCACAUCAUUGGUGGAGAUCUCUCUCGUUUUCAAAGAAGAACAGGAGAAUACAUCCUAAUCAACUGGGAUUCUAGUAUCCAGUUUAUGAAUAUUUUCUUGCCGUUAGUCAAAAUUCAUUAGAGAAGGCGCCAGCUAUGAAGCACAAAAGGAAGUGUGGUUCACAGCUUUUUUGCAAAGGAAGCCUGACAUAAUUGGUCAUGCACGUGAGUUAUAGUAGGUUAAUGCCAAAUUGGCAUAUACUUGGCAUCUACGUGGUGGCAUUUGAGAUUAGCUGAUACAUGAUAUAAGUCAAAAUCAAGAAUUCCAUAUUGAAAAUCCUUGGAAAUGUGGGUUACCUUCUCGAUUGAGGACAUCAUAGACUGAUGACAACCCUCAAGAAAGUUCAAAAUGUGCCCUAACUCCAUGAAUAAAAGGAAAAGUUGCAAUUUCUAGGAAUGGUCGAUGAAGAUAUUUGAUAUGAAGAUUUAAACAUCAAGUUGAAGCCAAAUAAUAUGGGUGCAAUGGAAGCUUAUAAACUAAUGCUGAAAUUUGCUAUGUCGGAGCAUGAGAUGAAGAUGGACCAUGAAAGGGAGGCACGGAAAUGAAAGGUGUCUGUCACACCCUGAAACCGAAGGCGGAAACGUUCCGGGGCGGAGGUGACGUCAUGUUAAGUAUCACAACCAAUGUACAUAGUAAGUGAAGUAAACCCAAAACAUUACAUUACAUAGAAAUCAUUACAUUUGUUUGAAAGUAAGUUAUACAAGUUUUAUAGAUACAUAAGUUUAACAAAA